GCCGCAUCUGCGCAAGAAAUGUUAUUGUUUUGAACGAAAAGCGAGCCGAGGGACAUGGGACGGAUUUUUUACGUGGCAUUGCGGAUCUGGAUGAAUAUACUGAAUUAAAAGGAAAACUGAUGUCCUAUCCACAUGCUGCUACAGUAAAAAAUCCCCCAAUCCGAACAAAACAAGAUGAACGUUGGGACCAAUUCCUUGAACCUGUAGGUAGUGAAAUGACCCGAACUAACAAUCUAUACACUGAGUAGAACUUUAUUUGCCUCAUAUUAUUUCAGUUCUUCCAACGACCUAUAAACCUGUACCUGUAGUGUUUACUUUUCUUUUAUUUUAUUUUUUGUUUGAAACUGCUUUGAAAUGGAUGAAAGUAAGAAGAUGGAAGGUCUGGAAGGUGAAGUGAAGGAGGGUGGUGCAGCACUGCUCGCUAGAAGGAGUGGGAGAAAGGUCACAUUAAAUCCGAAAGGUGCUGCAUACCAGUUAGAAACCAAGGAGAAGAGCUAUAAUGUUCUUCUAAAGGAAUUGAAGAAGACAGGAGCUGAACUGUUGGAAGAAGAUGUGUCCGAAAGGGUCAAGGCAGAUGAAGUUCUCCACAAAACAGUGACAAAGAAGGUGAGACAGUGGCUUCAUGGAUAUGUGACGCUCAUGCAAACAGCUAUCGAUUUGCAAGCUCUGCUUCCUGCAGACAGAAAGGAGGAGCAUCUGUCAAGACAUGCAGAAAUAGGGGUAGAGUUGAACCAGAUGAAAGAGGGUGCGGAUGCUUUGCAAAAGGAACUUGCAUUGAUUGAGCAUGAAACAAAGUCUGAAGGUUCUGUGGCAGGAGCUAGUACGACGUCAAGUUCAAUGAGAGCAAACCUCAUGAUGCUGCGUCUCCAGGAUGAGAGAAAGAAGGCAGAAGUGAAGGCGCAACUGAUGGCCGUGAAGAAAAGACAAGAACUUCUGAAGGAAAGACAGGAUCUGGAGCUGAGAGAAAAGGAGUUGGAGUUACAAGUGCAGCUUGACAUUCAAAACGCACAAGAGGAUAUCAGCGAAAAGUUUGAACAAGAACUUCUGAAUGAAGAUGGGCCAGAUGAGUAUCAAAAGGACACACAAGUGAAGACAAAUGUGAAAAUACAAGAGAAGAACUCAGAUGGCAAUGCUCAGGCCGAAGGAAUUUUGACAGGACUGGCACAUAUCAUAUCAAAGUCACAGAACCAGCUGCCUGUUCUUGAACCUGAGGUAUUUAAGGGUGACGUUGAGCAGUUCGCAAUGUGGCUCAAGUCAUUUGAAUGUUACAUUGAGUCAAGGACUACUGAGAGCACAGAAAGACUGCACUAUCUUGCAACCUACACAGGUGGAAGUGCUAAACGUGCAAUUCAAGGACUUCUCCAGUUGAGAAGUGAGGAUGCCUACUCUAAGGCAAAGCAGAAACUGAUUGAAAGGUAUGGAAACGACUUUGUCACAGCAAAUGCCUAUAGGCAGCGGCUCCACAGCUGGCCACAUGUUCGGCCUGGAGAUGGCAAGGCCCUUCGUGAGCUGGCAGAUUUCCUGGAAGGUUGUCUGGUGCAGGGGGGUCUGCUCCCGUGCUUUUCCGCUAUCAAAAACUGGCAAUAGGCUGGCUCAAGGCCGUUUGACAGAGCUGCCGGCGCGCUGAUUGGCUGACGGCUGUAAAUAGGGCGGAGCUAAUAUGGUGACGUCACAGAUCACUCUGCCCGAAGGCCGAUAGUGUUAUAGUCAGUGGA